AGCUAGCGGAAGCUCUGGAGAUUGUGCCAUGUGUGCGUGUGCAUCUUGUAUCUUUUCAAAGAGGACCAGCUAGACAAAGCCAACUUCUGCCUUCCUCUGUAAUUGUAUCAAGAGUCUGGUAUUAUAUAAGCAUGGCUCUUAAGCAUCCGUUCUCUUCCAGCUUGUCGACUCUGAGCUGGGCAACAGGGAAAUCACCAGUUCUGUGCUGUACACCUUGGAUUUUGUGUCGUGACUGAGAUCACCAUCUUCCCCUGCACUCCUUUCUCCGGUAUAGCCCUUCUUCCUCCCCAAUCCUGUUAUAUCCCUUUGUAUUUUGCAGCUGAUAGUUGGAGGCCGUCUUCCUAGCAAGUCGUCCUUUAACAACAUACUGCCUGCAUCUCUUUGGAGCUUAAUUUCCAUGCACAAAGGACUGCAUUCUCCCAGGAACUGAAGUCACAGAUCUCUGCUCUGCUCCAAAAGGCAGAGGCAACUUACAGGGGAUGGGACAGCUGGGCCGUAGCUUGUCUGGGAAGAUGGUGACAGAAGGAAUUUAAGGGACGCAAAGUUCCCAGAAGAAAGCUGUAGAAGGAAGAGCAACACUGAUACGUCUGAAUGCCAGGUUUAGGAUGCAGAAACAAAGAAUAUAAACAGGCUGUUUAGCAGAUGCCUGUCUCGUUCCUGAGAUGGAAGUGCCUAGCAUCAAAGACUUUCAGUGGAAAACUCUGGCACCCCUACCCAGUCCCAGAGUAUACUGCUCCUUGGUAGAGGCUGGGGGUCAGGUCUUUGCCAUUGGGGGUUGUGAUGACAAUGGCGUCCCCAUGGACUGUUUUGAGGUGUACUCCCCUGAAGCCAACCAAUGGAAUUCUCUUCCUCCAAUGCCUACAGCCAGGGCUGGGGUGGCUGUAGCUACACUGGGCAAGAGGAUAAUGGUGAUUGGAGGUGUUGGAGCCAACCAGAUGCCCCUGAAGAUUGUGGAGAUGUACAAUAUAGAUGAGGGCAAGUGGAAGAAAAGAAACUCUUUGAGGGAAGCUUCAAUGGGGAUCUCUGUAACAGUGAAAGACUACAGAAUCUAUGCAGCAGGGGGAAUGGGAGCAGACUUGCGCCCUCACAAUUAUAUGCAGCAUUAUGACAUGCUAAAGGACAUUUGGGUAUCAUUGGCAACCAUGCCUACACCCAGGUAUGCUGCCACCUCCUUCCUGCGGGCCACAAAGAUCUACGUGCUGGGUGGAAGGCAAUCAAAAUAUGCUGUGAAUGCCUUUGAAGUCUUUGAUACUGAGACCCGAACUUGGACCAAAUUCCCCAACAUUCCCAGCAAAAGAGCUUUCUCCAGCUUUGUGUGCACAGAGAACAACAUCUUCAGCCUUGGAGGAUUACGGCAGGGGAGGUUAUAUCGUCAGCCCAAGUUUAUGAAGAAUGUAGAUGUCUUUGACAUUGAGCAAGGGGGCUGGAUGAAGACUGAGAGCUCAUUCUUUCUGAAGAAAAGGCGAGCAGAUUUUGUAGCUGGGUAUUUGAAAGGAAGAAUAAUUGUAGCUGGAGGAUUAGGAAACCAGCCAACUGUUCUGGAAUCAGCUGAGGCCUUUCAUCCCGGGAAAAGCAAAUGGGAAUGCCUACCACCUAUGCCCACCCCACGAUGUGCCUGCUCCAGCAUUGUAGUAAAAAACUGCCUCCUGGCUGUAGGUGGAGUGAACCAGGGCCUGAGUGAUGCAGUAGAAGCUCUGUGUGUCUCUGACUCCUAGCUAGCCUGCCCAGAGACAUUCUUCCUUGACAACAACACGCCUGAGAAAGCAACUGCUCUGCAAUCCUGAGUGUCAAUCCAGCAUUAUUCAGUGCAAGAAGAACUGACACCUUUCCUACACCUUCCUUCCCACUCUGCUGCGCUCCUGAAACUCCUUCCCCUGCGUAGUUUGGAGAAGGCUGCUUAUUUACCCUUGUAGCUACAGUUUUGUGGCUCUGACUGUUAGCUAGCCGAGACUCUUCUAUGUGGUGCCGCCUGUGCUGUUGAGCUCCACAGAUUGAUGAAUCUAUAGUCAUCGCCUCCUGUCAACGCUGAAUGACCAGGGAACGAGCCAGCUUUGCUACAGGGACAUGAAGGUUCGUUAUAUGCGGUGGGAUAUCCCAAGGAUUAGGAAGAGCACCAUCAGCUGUGAACUGUGAGACUAUUUUGCCAUCCUCUGAAUUAUUAUGUUCUAGACACAGCCAUCAAUCGAAGCUUAAGGGCUUCAGCUGAAUUCUUCCAAGUUGGUAGGGGAAACAGAGGAAGAACAAAAAUCUGACUGUACAAGAGUUUGUGUGCCUCAGUACUCUUUAAAAUGCACCCAUGGUGGUCGUGGGCUCUUCAUUUCUUCCCGUGGAAGCCCUGUGGCGGUGCAAUAGUUCCUGCUAUGACAUUAGAUUUCUAGGCAUGACAGGUUCAAAGAAUCCUGAAACAACCUCCAGGGCAUUUCCUAAUCAUGUAGCAGGGAUGAAGCCAUUUCUGUGUGCGGGAGAGCAACCAAUUUGAUGCCUUGACUGACAGUUCCUCUAAUUAGAGUUGAAUAUUGCUUCUGCUACAGGACUGAAAGCUGAAAUGCAAUAGCCAAGAAAUCAAUGUAUAGAGAUGGAUGCCUUUGCAUCAGUGACCCAGAUUUUAGUCCCUGCAAGUGUGUGUGUGUACACACACAUAUACAGUCUGUGUUGUGUGUAUUCAGUAUUUCGGUUUAAUCCACUGCACACCAAGGUCCAGUUGCAAAACCUGGACUGGGCAUAUGAUAACCAGUGAUCAGCGACACAGUAAGAUGUUCACCUCAUAACAGCUUUCACAGAACACUUGACAAAGCUAGAGUGCAGUCCUGCCUGCUAUUUUUUUUAAUUGCAUUUCACUUUUCCCCCAUCUACUUCCUUUGGUGGUUGAAAUUGUCAGUAUCAUCCAGACAAUGUACAGUGGAUCUCUUUCAGUUCUGGUUAGUUAUUAGCAAGUAACACAAUUAAAAUCUAUAUUCCUAUGG